CGCGCAUGCGCAGCUGUAAAAUAAAGUAAUGUAUGUAUGAUGUGUAUUAUUUUGAUGACUUACGUCUGUAAUAUUUAUUAAUUUGCGGUGUAAUUAGAGAAUUUUAUAUUUAUAAUAAUGGCUGGAUUAAUUCAAUCAUUUAAAUCUAUUCAAACGCACAUGGACUAUGAUGGUCAAGCAAGAGCUGAAAAAUUAUCAAGAAUUAUUGUCACUCUUUUUGGAGCAGUUGGAUUGAUCUGGGGCUACGCAAUCCAAGAGUUUUCCCAAGCACUCUACAUUCUUGCUGCUGGAUGUUUAAUGGCUCUUAUAAUUACCGUACCGCCAUGGCCGAUGUACAGAAGAAAACCUCUCGAUUGGCAGAAACCUCAAGCAACUGACACUCCGCCUAAAAAUAAAAAGAAGAAAUAAUUAUCACAGUUAUAAAUAAAUAAAUAAAUAAAUAAAUAAA